UAGCCCUUUGAAUAUCGGUGUCUAUACCGAUGUCCUUUGUUUCCAAGACAGGAUCACUACCUUUGUUGAGGAUGAGUACACCCGACUUGAGGCAGCCAAACAUAUUGGCAGUCUUUUUCAAACUCUAUUGGGAGGUCGAGCCUUGAUGUGGUGGACGGAAGAAGUAGACAGCAGCCGCCGUAUGGUCCUACGCCAGGGAGGCUUGGACUCCUUGAUGUCUGCCCUUGUGGCUCGGUUUGCCCCCGACGCCGGCACCUCAAAUGAUCGUUGCAACAAAGGUCGCCUCAACCUGCACCACAUCUACGAAGACGAAGCCGCGGCCAUUCGCUUCGUCCAGCAGAAGCUUCGUUACGCCCACGGCGCAGGCAUUCUCCUCCCUGACAAUUCCAACUGGCUUGGCGUCAUGCAGAACAUUUGGGGCAGGUUCGACGUGGAGAUCAUGAGGUUCAUCCGAGGACCAUUGCCUGUCGAGACCUUGGCCAACUACAUGUUCAUGAUCGUCAUCAUACCUGUCAUCUUUGCUAUUAAGAGUUCAAGAAUAAGAAGGCCAAACUAGCGUACCUGCGAGAUUGCUCCCCGUUCAAGGUUGUCUUGACGGAAGGCAUCAGCGAGAUCACUCCAUCAGCCAGGCGCACCUGUGGCUAUUGUCACAAGGUCUGCGAGCCCCGGAACGCAGUCUUCCGGCACCUCAGGACUUGCGCCAGAGCUCGUACCGGUACGGCCGACCCCUUACAUGACGAUUCUAAUGAUGAAGGUUAUUCCACCGCACUGGAAGAUAACGGAGUUGCCUUCCUGGCAGCCGA